AUGCCCACCGGCUCCGCCGCACCCUGGUUCCUCGUCCCCACCGUCUCCCCUGGCCGCCUGUGUCGUGCUAGUCAGCCCGUGCUAGGAGGCCUGCGAAUGGGAGCCGUGGUCCACGUUCCGAUGGGCCCGUCGACGAUGGAGCCUUUUCCUGGCACACGCGCGAGGCCGCGGCCAUGCGUCGAGGCGAGCGGCCGCGGCCAUCGACUGCUCGCACAACCAAGCAAGUACAAGACGACGACGUCCCUCCGCCACGCCGCCGCCGUCAACGUCGCUCCUCCUCCCCCCCCCGCCCCCCCUCGGCCCUCUCGAUUCAAGCCGCCGUCUCGGUCUCGACGUUCGACGCCCGCCGCAGCCGCCGCGACUGCAGAGCCAACCUAG